AUGCCUCCGAAACGAAAGCAAGUUGAAUCUCACGAGCCUGCGUCUCCUACAGCCAAUACCAAACGCAGCAAGCCUAACAACAGCGCUCCCUUUGCCCUUAAAGCUCGGAUACGACACAUCAACGAGGAGACUAUAAAGUCGAAAUGGACGACUCUACCGAAUUCGACGCAGGAGAAAGUGAAGCAGCUCUUUCAGUCGGUCGAGUUACCGGUUAUCACCCGGAAUCGAGACGAGAAGAAGCGCGUUGAGGCCCAGUCAGCGCUUGCAACGGUGCGCAAGAACCUGGGCAAACGGCUACCGAAGAUGCCAUUCCCGGCGGGUACGAGAGAUGGAAGUUUUGAUUACGAGGGUGCUCUGGGGGAGAGUAGGGCACUGGAGAGUCAAUUGGCGACAGCUACGAGUUCUAUCCAGCUGCUACAAGCUGAGAUUAAGCGGGAAGAAGCCGAAUUGGCAAGGGACAAGUUGAAGCUGGAGGAGCUGGAGCGUAAUGCAAAGGCAGCAGAGGCGGAGAGGAAGAGGCUGAAUAAGAAUGUUCACCCCGUUCUGAAGCAGCUUGACGAACCGAGCGUGGAGGAAAUCGCUGUCAGUGCAGAGUUUAAGCUGGACAUGAAGAAUGAGGAGGCUGUUCUUUGUGAAAUCGACGCAGACCCGGCCCUCCUUCCAACGAUCAACCAGCUCCGCAACCAUCUUGAAUCCAUGCAGAGCAACGCAGCUCAGGUACGGGGGAUCGGUCAUGCUAUCUCCCGGGCGAAGGCAGCGCUCGACAUGCUCCCCCUUGACUGA